AUGCAAGAAAACGACUGAUCAUCUUCUACCGAUUAAAACAGUGUCGGGUUGGGGCCUGUGUACGGUCCCCGCACUACACACUACUACAGUUACUAGAACAGCGCCUUGCGCUUUCCAGAUCAUCCUUCAUCUUCUUCCUUUCUCAUUCAUUCAUUCAUUCAUUCAUUCAUACGCUCAUCUCUCGUAUAAUAAGAGAGAGAAAAAGGAGCAAGAAUCCACGCAAAUCAAACGAAGAACCGCCUGAGAAGUAGUUUGCAGGAGGCUAUAGAAGUUGCCUCUUGUAGGAUCUGAAGCUAGAUCCACUUGCUGUGAACGUAUUGGACACGAAUCUGUUCAUGGCUGCACAGCCGGAGACCGGAGGAAGUUCCUUCACUGCUCUUCUCGGACUUCCUGCUAAUCAAGCAAUGGAGCUAUUGCACUUAGAUUCUUCUUCUCGCCCGACUAAUUCGCCCGAAAAUUGGAACAAUAAUCGAGUUACUUACAAUUCUCACCCGCUCAAUUGCACUCCCACUUUCCCGUCGAACGCAGCUCUACUUGAACGUGCAGCGAAGUUCUCUAUCUUUGCCGCCGCGGGGACGGAAACUUCAGAGACCUGCUCAAUUCCGUCAAAUUCAAGCGCUAAUUCGCAGAAGGUGAAGCAAGAGCCUGUCGAUUCAGAGCCAAAGCCAAUGAUAUCAAUAGAUCAACAUGAUGAACAAUUGAUUACUAGCACAGAUAAGAAAUCAACCAAGAGAAAGGAGAUGGAGAAGAAGUGUAAAAGAACCGGGAAAAAAUGCAAGAACGUGGUUAUUAACGAGGAAGACGGCGAAAAGCUGCCAUAUGUUCAUGUUCGAGCUCGUCGGGGGCAAGCUACAGAUAGUCAUAGCUUAGCUGAGAGAGCUAGGAGAGAGAAAAUCAAUGCCCGUAUGAAGCUACUUCAAGAACUGGUCCCUGGAUGUGACAAGAUUUCAGGUACAGCUAUGGUGCUGGAUGAAAUUAUUAAUCAUGUUCAGUCCCUACAACGUCAAGUGGAGUUUUUGUCUAUGAGACUUGCUGCUGUUAACCCAAGGAUUGAUUUCAACAUUGAGAGUGUACUGGCUUUAGAAAAUAGAUCAUCCCCUACAGAGAGUAACUUCCCAGAAGGAAUGAUGAUACCGCCAAUAUGGUCUGAAGGUCAGUUUAAUGGCAACAGAAGUAAUAUUCAGUAUCAACAACAAUUGUGGCCACCUCCUCUUGAUGGACUUGUUCUUCAUCAUCCAGUUUGGGGAAGACAGGAUAAUCCCAAUUUCAUUAAUACCCCCGACAACUCAAUAAUGAGCUACGAUUCUUCACCCAACUCAGCAUCUUUAUAUUCAAAUCAUGCGAAAAUGGAGCUAUGAGAAGGUAACACCAGUAGAAGAUAGUAAUACUGUACAUACAUAUAUUAUUAUCAGUACAGUAUUAUUAGCAGUUAGUGGAAGAAUUAGAGAGAAGAAGACCAUGUUGGAUUGGCGCCAAUAAGUGGAUGUUUGGCUUAAAUUUAGCCUAUUUAUUUAAUUAGCAAUAAUACUGAUUUAGAAGAGUUAGAAGAUAUGAUACUUCUCAUGUAUGAAAAUACUGAAUAUGGUUUGGUAAUGCACUUUAAAAUUUCACUAUUUAUUAUAGGGAAGUUUGUAUUAUCAUGU